AUGAUUAAAUAUUUGAAAGAAAGAAGAGAAAAAUAUGGUAUUUGGGUAGUUGGAAUUGUUAACGAUCCAGCCUUAUCCAAUCGUUUAUUUUUCCAACGUGCUGUUACAUCGGCAGAAGCCAGUGCAACAGCUAAAGAAGGUGGUGCACAUUACUGGGAGGUGAUACCAGACGGUAAAACUGCAAGAAGCCCUUUAGUAUACAAUCAAAUUAUUAUGGAAAUUAUUUCGACGCUUGGCGAUUUCGAAGUUAGUGCAAUACCCAAAAAGAUUCCAUUAGAAGUUAACAAAGAGGAAAUUAAACGAAAGGUAUUCCGAAGCUGCGAACAUUUAACGCUAAUCAAUGCUCAAAUGUGA